UGUAGGGGGCAGCAGCGCUGCCCGCGGCGGGGCCCUGGGGCCGGCCCGGGCCGGCGGGGCCCGGAAGGCGCUGCGCUCCCUCCCGGCCGCUGAGUGGCGGCGGCGCGUCACGUGUGCGCGGCCGGGCUGGGACGCGGCAGACGGCGCUGCCCCGAGCGCGGCGAGCGGCGGUGCGACAUGUCCCACCAGACCGGCAUCCAAGCUAGUGGAAGUGUUAAAGACAUCUUUGUUGGAGCCAGAAAUGGACAGUACAGGCUUUUAAAAAUAGUCAUUGACAAUGAGCAGCUUGUUGUGGGAUCCUCUAGGCGGCCAGUUGGAUCAUGGGAAAAGGAUUACGAUUCCUUUGUCCUUCCCCUUCUUGAAGACAAGCAGCCAUGUUAUAUAUUAUACAGAUUAGAUUCUCAGAAUGCUCAAGGAUAUGAAUGGAUCUUCAUUGCAUGGUCACCUGAUCACUCUCCUGUUCGUCAAAAAAUGUUGUAUGCAGCAACCCGAGCAACACUCAAGAAAGAAUUUGGAGGUGGUCAUAUUAAGGAUGAAGUAUUUGGAACAGUACAGGAUGAUGUUUCACUGAAUGGAUAUAAAAAAUAUUUGAUAUCACAGUCCUCCCCUGCACCUCUGACUGCAGCAGAAGAGGAACUUCGACAAAUAAAGAUUAAUGAGGUACAGACAGACGUUGGUGUAGAUAGCAAGCAUCAAACAUUGCAAGGAGUAGCAUUCCCCAUUGCUAAAGAAGCUAUUCAAGCUUUGGAGAAAUUGAAAAAUAAGAAACUCAAUUAUGUACAACUGCAAAUUGAUAUGAAAAAUGAAACAAUUAUUUUGGCCAACACACUUCAUACUGAACUUAAGGACUUGCCAAAAAGAAUUCCAAAGGAUGCUGCGCGUUACCACUUUUUCUUAUAUAAGCAUGCCCAUGAAGGAGACUAUUUGGAAUCCAUAGUUUUCAUCUACUCUAUGCCAGGGUAUACCUGUAGUAUAAGAGAACGAAUGCUCUACUCUAGUUGCAAAAGCCCACUGUUAGAAAUUGUAGAAGGACAGUUGUGGAUGCAGAUAAUUAGAAAGAUUGAAAUAGAUAAUGGUGAUGAGUUAACUGCUGACUUCCUAUAUGAAGAGGUUCAUCCGAAACAACAUGCUUACAAACAAAGUUUUGCUAAACCAAAAGGUCCUGCAGGGAAGAGAGGAAUACGAAGACUGAUUAGAGGUCCAGCAGAGACUGAAACUAGUGAUUAGAAACUGUUUUUUUCAUUUGUUAUAAAGUAUUACAGUAAGAAAUUAAAUUCUGGCUUUUGGUAAUGAACUGAAAUCAUUCCAUUCAUAGAUACUAGGGGGGGAAAAAGGCUCUUUUUACACUUCUCUCUUCUAACCUCAGCACUUUUUAUAUUGUUACAUGAUUAUAUUUGUUGACCAUGUUCUGUGACAUGUGGAAGAGCUAAUUGUUUUAAAGCUAGAAGAGGAAAUCUAAGCUAGUGUCCUUUUAUUUUAUUAGAAUCCAUUAUUCAAAGCUAUACAUGUGAUCAUAAACUUUGCAGACAUAAGACUAUUAAGCCCAUAUAUUCUGUGGGUAAGUUGUACCUGUAUGCCUAGAUAACAAACCUGUAUUCUUACGAGUAGCCUAUUGAAACCCGUAAGACUUGUCAUGUGAGAAGAGCUGAAGGACUACAUAGCACUGUCUCUGAAAAAUCCUUUAUUUUUCCUUGUAGCUCUUACAGUAGAAGGUUUUCUUCUGGUUUUGACAUGACACAUUGUUGGGUUUUGUUGUUGUUUGGUUUGGUUUUGGUUGUUAGGGUGUUUUUUUUUUUAAUAAAAAAGAUAAACUAGAAUUAGUUAUCCAUCAAUUAAUCUAAGUGUUCAGGAAUACCUGGAUAUUUUCCCACACAAAAGCAUGGUCAUUUCAAAUUUACAACUAAUUUUGUGGGAUUUUCUUUUAAAGAAAUUUGACAUAAAAUCACUGUAGCUUUUCCAGACUUCUAUACCACUUGUAAGCCUUACAUAUUAAGCACUGAAUGACCAAGUAAAAGGUGAUUAAUAGUGCAUGAGUUUGAGUAUACUCAGUAGAUUAUGGAGCUGCUUUCAAAGCAAUAUGCUUAAAGUUUCUAAUAAAUAAUUGAUUAUCUGUGCAUUUGGAUCUAAAACUGUGUAAGAAUUGAAAUAGACUUGUUUCAUAAUAGUGAGUUAUUUUUGAGAUCCCAAUAUGUUUCCCAAUAUGUUUACAGUAUCAACUGCAAUUUUAAUUUUCAAGGUAUUCUGAAAAUGACUUUUCCUAAAUGUUUGAACUUUAAUAGUAACUUAAAUCUGUAACAAAAUCCAACUAGGUCUUGAAUAACUGCUGGCAGCAGCACCUGGUUAGGAUUUUGUCUUCCCCCCCUGUCCCCGCUGCUUCCCUUUUCCAAAAUACUAAAAUCAGCCAGAAGAGUUUAAACUUUAUUGAACCACGAGUAAUGCAUCUAAUAUGAAAAGGAAAAAUAGAUGAUUUUAGUAAGUGGAUUAAACAAGAAUUAGAUGUGGCAAUCAAGUAUUGGAUGACCUUAAAUAUUUAAAAUUGUGUAAUGAGUCAAAUACUAGUGGAUAGAUUAUAUUCCCCAGUUGGGGACUUGCUUUUUAGUGUCUUGUAUGUGAGCUUUGUGGGUUUUGAAUUUUUAGUUUUUAAAGCUAUAUGGGAGUUGCUAGUCUUUGAGUUCACUGCAUAGUAUCAUAGGUACUGGGUGUACACAUUUUGUAGCUGGAUCACGUGUUUACCUGGUGGAAGAUAGAUUUUAACCUAGUAAGGAGAUAAUGCUUUGACACUACUAGUUCCUGAUAAAAUUUGUUUUAUCUUAUAUAUUAUUUUGAUUGAAGAUACUAGCUUGUUAUUGACAUCUGAGAUUGCACUAUGUAAUAUGAAGAUUGCAAGAGUUGUUGGGUUUACUGUGUUUUUUUAUAUGCAGUAUAAAUUUGACACCUCAGCUUUUUUCAUUUAAUCUUAUACACUACAUCAAUCCAGUUGAAUCGCUCUUGAUCCUUAGCUAAUCUCCUGCUUGCCCUUAGCUAGUGGUUUUUUUCUGCUUCUUGCCUUCUUUCUCUAGGGCAAGGAGCCAGUCCUUGAAGUGUUUCUUCUAUGUACUACCUGUCAGGCAAGUGUCGUUGUUUUUCAAACAUGGUUAAUGUGUGUGCUGCUCACUGCAGGCUGUAAUUAAGUGUAUUUUUAGUUGAACUCUGAAUCUUUUCAGCACACCUAAUUCACUUUGGGGUGUGGUUUGUUUUUGUUUUGUUAAGGAAAACCUUUGAGUAUAGCAUAAUUAAAAAUUACUGCUAGAGGGGUUUUUGUUUGAAUUCAGUAUUCCUGCCCAUGCUUCAGCCAUACCAAGAGUGCACAUACAUUUUUAGACUUAUACGAGUCAGUAAAGAAGUUCAGAUUUUUAAUACCAGAUGUUUAAAUAAUUAAGUUGGACGUGAUAUGGUUAUGUGCAUAUUGUGUUUUGGGUUGGUUUUUUUUCCUAAUCCUGCCCUAGGCAGGUGAGGAUAAGAGGUAGAAAGCUUAAUGUGGAGGAUGAUGAGAGCUGGUUAAGUGAUUAUGUGAGGGCAUUUAUAAUGAACUGCUUUAGAGUUCGGCCCAAGCCAAACAUUGUAAGUCAUCUUACUUGAAAAUAUUCCAUGUGGGUAUACAAACCCCUGGCCAGCCAGCAGAGUGUCCUGUCCUGAGCACAUUUCCCCCUUGCCUUUCCCCUAAAAGAGAAUUGUAUGAAGUCUUGCACUGCGACUGCCUCUCCAGGCCUCUUGUAGCUAUUCUCCUAAUAAAGCAAUAAGAAGUAUCUGAUCUUUUUGUAAGAUCUAUCACGUUUACAUCUGCGUAGUUGCCUCACAUAACAUUACUACUGUUAAUGAAUGUUCGGAGCCAGCACAAAACAAGGACAUUAAUGAAAGUUAUUCCUUUAACUGUCUGUGGUAAUCUAAUAAUUGAAAGUGUCCAUUCAAAUUGUUGUUGGACUUCAUAAAGCCCAAAAGCAAUGCAGCUGCUUGCAGUUAACUCACAAGCUAUUAAAUAGUUAAUAUGACAGGUAACUAUUUUCUAGAUGUUUAUGUUGCAAGGUAGUAGGGAGAAUUUGAUCUCUUAAAACACUCCUGUCCCAGGUUUGUUAAAAAUAAUCAAGGUAAUGAUUACUCUAUUACUUGGAUAAACACACUGCAAAUAAAGGAAACUUCUGAUUUAUGGUCUUAUGUAUUCAAUGAAAGCCACCUUCAGAUGCUAAAAUUAACUAAGUUUACCUUAUAUAUUUUGUAAUUUACUUUAUAAUUAAAGGUUGAUGCUUUA